UUUCAUUUUCCAGAGCUCAGAGGGAAGAUAAGAUGGUGGAAGUCCUGGUAUUGGUCAGUCUCUUGAUUCCGAGUACUAUUCUCGGAAUACCACAACAUGGACCAGGUCAGACGACUGGACCCACGAAUGGAAAUCCCUACCUUAACUAUUACCGCAUGUUGUGGCAGUACUGGACUCUGUAUAACCACGGUAGAAUGAACAUCAACAAUGGACAGCGACAGCAGAUAAACCCAGCUAUGACCAACAUGGGAUUACAUGGCACAAUGGCCAACCGAGGCAUGUCCAAUCUAGCCCAUGUUGACUACAACAUCUUCAGCAAAAAUAAGGACGACAUCUAUCCAGUUGGACAUCACAAAUACGAAGAGACCUAUCCAAAAGAAAAGUAUCCGAAUAAAGAUGUCUACUCCAAGCAUCAAGACGAAGAAUACACGUCAAGUCACUAUGAUACGCAUCCCUCUAAAUAUCACAAAGAUAAAUAUCACAAAGAUAAAUAUCACAAAGAUAAAUACCCAAUGGAUUACAAACACGAAAAAUAUUCCAAGAAUAAACAUGUUGGUGAUUAUGGAUGGGAGGACUACAAGCCAGGUCACAGACAUGGUAAAUAUCCCAAUGAUAAAUACCCAAUGGAUUACAAACACGAAAAAUAUUCCAAGAAUAAACAUGUUGGUGAUUAUGGAUGGGAGGACUACAAGCCAGGUCACAGACAUGGUAAAUAUCCCAAUGAUAAAUACCCAAUGGAUUACAAACACGAAAAAUAUUCCAAGAAUAAACAUGUUGGUGAUUAUGGAUGGGAGGACUACAAGCCAGGUCACAGACAUGGUAAAUAUCCCAAUGAUAAAUACCCAAUGGAUUACAAACACGAAAAAUAUUCCAAGAAUAAACAUGUUGGUGAUUAUGGAUGGGAGGACUACAAGCCAGGUCACAGACAUGGUAAAUAUCCCAAUGAUAAAUACCCAAUGGAUUACAAACACGAAAAAUAUUCCAAGAAUAAACAUGUUGGUGAUUAUGGAUGGGAGGACUACAAGCCAGGUCACAGACAUGGUAAAUAUCCCAAUGAUAAAUACCCCAUCAAAUACAAACACGACAAAUAUUCCAAGAAUAAACAUGUUGGUGAUUAUGGAUGGGAGGACUACAAGCCAGGUCACAUUCAUGAUAAAUAUCACAAUGAUAAAUACCCAAUAGAUUACAAACACGACAAAUAUUCCAAGAAUAAACAUGUUGGUGAUUAUGGAUGGGAGGACUACAAGCCAGGUCACAGACAUGGUAAAUAUCCUCCUCAUCACAAAGAUAAGUACCCCAUGAACUACAUGUACGAAACACAUUCCAAGAAUAAACAUGUUGGUGAUUAUGUAGUGGAUAGCUACAAGCCAGGUCACAAGCAUGAUAAAUAUCCCUCUAAAUAUCCCAAUGAUAAAUAUCCCAUCAGCUACAAACACGAAAAAUAUUCCAAGAAUAAACAUGUUGGUGAUUAUGGAUGGGAGGACUACAAGCCAGGUCACAAACAUGGUAAAUAUCCCAAUUAUCAUCACAAAGAUAAAUAUCCACAUGGUUAUCGGGAUCAGAAAUACAAACAUCACCAUUCAGACGGACAUACAGAUUAUACUGCUGACUACCACGGUUUUAAAUCCGGAAAGAAGGAUCAUAUUUUUGACUUUGGAUUGCCAAUAUCAGGCGCUAGAGAAGGGACCAGGGGAGUGGGUCCCGCAGGUUUGACAGGUGACGCUUUGGUCAAUUUGGGUCUUCAGUCAAGUCUCACAAGACAGAGAAGCUUAGAUCCAGAGUAUAACCCAAUACGUCCAAGAGGGGUCCAUCGUUCACGUGCUGCAAGAGGGUUCCCUCGUUCACGUGCAGCAGGAGGAUUGUUUGACUUUGGGCCAUUUUCUGGACCAUCAAGGAAACGACAUCAUAAGCACGACGAUUAUGAACAUAAAUAUAACAAGAGAGAAUACAAAACCAAGAAGACUGGACUCUAUAACAACAAGAGAGAAUACAAAACCGAGAAGACUGGACACUAUAGCAAAAAGGGAAAGGGCAGUAAAAGGAAGACAUAUUAAUGACAGUACGUGAAGGGAAUAGCAAUCCGACGAAAGAUACGAUGUUAUCAUUGAAGUUACGACUGGCUGAUCGAACGUUGGGCAGUUUCUAUGCAAAGGGGAAUCAUUUUGUAAAAGUAUGACGCCAUUGUUUCCUGUUUUGUUAAUAAAUUGUGUAUGUAUAUGAAUUUUA